GCCUUAGCUAAUUUAAGAGAGAUUAGUAAACAAACAGCAGACUUAAGAGCGAGCCUAGCUAGCGGCAGUACCAUGAGGCGCCUCCAGUUCCUGGCCGCCGCCGCCGCCGCCAUCUUCCUCCUCGCGCUUCCGCUGAUGGCGACGGCCCAGCCGAAGCUGAGGCCGGACUACUACGCCGGCGUCUGCCCGAACCUCGAGAGCAUUGUCCGCGGCGCCGUGCGGCAGUCCGUGGCGCUCUCGCCGCUCGCCGCCCCGGCCACGCUCCGGCUCUUCUUCCACGACUGCGCGGUCAGGGGCUGCGACGCGUCGGUGAUGCUCAUCGACCCGGCCGGCGGCGACGAGUGGCGGAGCCCCGACGGCGUGAUGCUGAAGCCGGAAGGGUUCAGCACGGUGAUGAGCGCCAAGGCGGCGGUGGACAGCGACCCGCAGUGCCGGAACAUGGUGUCCUGCGCCGACAUCUUGGCCCUCGCCGCCAGGGACUCCGUGUUCCUGAGCGGAGGGCCAGACUACGAAGUGGAGCUGGGCAGGUUCGACGGCAGGGUGUCGAGUGGUGGCAGCGUCGUGGUUCCUCAUGGCACGUUCGACCUCGACCAGCUCAACGCCUUCUUCUCCAGCCUCGGUCUCUCCCAGACCGACAUGAUCGCACUGUCAGGGGGUCACACGAUCGGCGCGGCGUCGUGCGGCUCCUUCGCGUACCGGGUGGGCGCGGAUCCGGCCAUGGACCCGGCGCUCGCGCAGCAGGUCCUGGCGCGCUGCCCGGGGGGCGGGCCAGCCGGGUUCGCGUUCCUGGACGCCACGACGCCGCUGCGGUUCGACAACGAGUACUACCGGAACCUGCUCGGCGGGAUGGGGAUCCUGGCCUCCGACCAGGUGCUGUACGCCGACCCGAGGUCCCGCGGCGCCGUCGAGCGCUACGCCGCGGACCAGGCCGCCUUCUUCGGGGACUUUGCCGCGGCAAUGACGAGGCUCGGCAGGGUCGGGGUCCGCACGGCGGCCGACGGCGAGAUACGCCGCGACUGCAGGUUCCCCAACCCCAACUGAUGGGUUCGCCGGCUGGCUGUGGCUUGGCUUGUGGUUGCGCACUUGCGCUUGCGCGACGGUUUUGUGUUGCUUCUAUCUUCUGUGACGUCACCCGUGGACGUGGCGCGAGUGGGUGUCUGUGUUGCGUUGUUGACUUGAGUGGACGUGCAGAAGGCCGCGUGUCUUUUGGACCAGGAAGGCUCUGGGCCUGGUGGGCUGUGUCCUGUGUGGCUCCAAGAUGGGUGUCAUAUCUGUUGUGAAGGGAAAUGAAAUGUAAAGAUUGGUGGUUGGCCUA